AGGGAACAGUGUUGUGUACCAAGAACUGUCAGCAGGUGACUGCCUCUGAAGUGGCUCUCAUCACCAGCAAGUAUACACACACACAGAGAAGACACCCCGCUGCUGGCGUAGUGGAGGAGGGAGGAGGAAGAGGGGCAGCGACAAGUGAUGUCAGACCAUCCACCCAAGAAGAAGUUGCGUCAGGUUACACUUGCGGACAUGUUGAGGCCAGCGUCGCCCAGGCCUGACAGAAAAGAUCAAAGAGAAAGUACCCAAUCAAUUGUAAAUGUUGAAUUGGAUAGCUCACUUAACAUACAUUCAAGCAUAGAGUGCUUGAAACUUGGCAACUUUGAAUCAGACAUUAGUGCAGCAGACAAAAUUGAGCAGAUGGAAACAGACUCUGGACCACAAGAAGGAGAAACUCUUGGAAAUGAGAAUUUCAAAGGUGAGAAUCGAAUUGAGGGUAAUGAUCGGUCAAUCCGAAAUCGUAAUGACAAAGAAAGGGAGAGGGUUUGCGAGUCUUGGCACUUUGAAAAUAAAGAAGAAUCUGAUUCAAAUCAUAAGAAUGUACAGAAAAAGUUUACUGGUGAACAGAUUGAUGACCUGGAAGCAACAAAAAAAUUAGGUGACUGCAGAAAUUCACUAAGCACAAGUUCAAGAGGAAAGAAUUUAUCAAGGGGAUCCUCACCCAAAAAACUCAACAAAAAAUUAACAGCCAAAAGGUCUCCUAAAAGGUCUCCCAUGAAGGAGAAGGAAAGUAGGCACUCCAGCGGAAGAUCUGAGCGGAGGAACAUUCUGGCAGAUGCAGCUGAGCGAAGGAUGCAUUUGGUUGUCACUACUCCAUCAGAGCCAGUUGAGCAAGAAGCUGCUGUAUCUCCAGAUAUAUUUGAUGAUGAUGAUGAUAACAAAAUGGUAGAAGAGACAGGGAUCACAUGGCGUGGUUCUCCCUUGGCAUGUAUCGCUGCCUUGAGUGCUAGUAACCUUAAUGUUCCGGCAGUGCACCCAGCACCUGAUCACACUGUGAUGGUGAGGCUUCCCAUCCCUCAAAGGGGUUCUCCUGCUCCACAUCCAUCCUCUUACACUGAUGUCUGGGAUCAGUAUCAUGUCAGAAUGCCAUGCUCACCAAAGAGUCAGUACCCAGUGGGAAAGGGUAGCAAUUCACUUGUUCCACGAUGGUCGAUAAUAUGCCAGUCACUCAGAAGAGGGAUUGGAAAUGUAGAGGAACUUGAGAGGGCAGUCUUGGAGUACAAUAGCAGAUAUGCAGCAAAAUGGAAGUUUAAGGGCCUUCACCUUCUGAUAGAGCAGGAGUUUGAAGAAGAGGAACGUGAAUAUUUCUUCAGCACCACACUUCCAGCAAUGAUACGUCUUGCGCUGAACCUGCCUAAGCUUGUCACACAGCCUCCACCACUCCUUAUUAGUCGAGCUACACACACUAUCACACUCUCACAAAUGCAGAUUGCAUCUCUCCUGGCAAAUGCUUUCUUCUGUACUUUCCCGCGGAGAAAUGCCAAGGGAAGUGAAACUGAAUACUCUCAUUAUCCUGACAUUAAUUUUAACAGACUGUUUUUCCACAAAGAAAAGCGAGCUUUGGAGAAGAUGAAGUGUAUUCUUAAUUACUUCCGAAGAGUAACAGAAAAAGAGCCAUCUGGGAGUGUGACGUUCACGCGACAGUUUGUGAGCUAUCAGGAUUUACCUAAGUGGGAGACGGCCUCACAACACUUACCCAGAUUUCACAUAGACACCAUUGGACUUAUAGAAGAAGCAAGCGGACUUCUUCAGGCUGAUUUUGCCAAUAAGUUUCUAGGUGGAGGAGUGUUGGGGCUUGGUUGUGUGCAAGAAGAGAUUCGCUUUGUGCUUUCCCCAGAGCUUCUAGUCUCAAGGCUUUUCACAGAAGCGCUAGAAAAAACGGAAGCACUCAUUAUCACAGGAGCUGAGCAGUUCAAUCGUGCUACUGGCUAUGCUUCAACCUUUUCUUGGGCUGGUUCUUUUGACGACUGCACGCCUGUUGAUACUUGGGGGCGGAGGAUGUGUCAGGUUGUUGCUAUCGAUGCUCUUCAUUUCACUAAGCAGCCCCAAGUACAAUACAGCCCAAGCUUUGUUAUCAGGGAACUGAAUAAGGCCUAUGCUGGCUUUUGUGUUCUGGACAGGAGUGCUGGAACUCCUAUUGGUGUUGCCACAGGAAACUGGGGGUGUGGAGCUUUCAAGGGGGAUCCACGGCUCAAGUCGCUGAUUCAGCUUGCUGUAUGUGGCUAUGUUGGACGGGACGUUGCUUAUUUCACCUUUGGGGACCAAAAACUCCGCAAUGAUCUUGCUACCAUGUAUAUCUUUUUGAAAGAAAACAAUAUUACAGUAGGUGAACUAGUUCAAGCUCUGGUCCACUACGGGUCUCGCAAAUGGUCCGAAGGUUCUGAUCUCUUCCAGUACAUCUAUCAUAACCUUGGGGCUUAUGAAUCAGAAACUGACAAUGAAACAGAGGAUUUUGCAGAGCCUCUCGUGGACAAAAAUAGAAGAAAUGAUUUACCGACUACUGAUAGUUCACAUACCAGACCGAAGACAGGGAGGAACAUCACAGACUACUUCAAAAAAUCUGACAAAACCAGCCUGUCAUCUUCUGCCGCAUCAACACACAGCGCUACAUUUCAUCAUUCCUCUACUAGCAAACAAACAGUAUCACAUGUAACUCCAUCUGGAGCAGCAAGAAAAGAGUCUCUUUCUGAGGAUAAAAUUUUGCAAGUCUUAUCAGAGUGUGAUCGUCUGGUAGGAGAUCAAAGGAUGAAAUGUCAUGAAACUUCUGAUUCAGGAUCAGGUGUAAGAACAACUUCUAAACAUGCGGAUCAAGACAAAUCAGCCACAAGGACACAUUCUAAACAUGUGGAUCAAGACAAAUCAGCUGCAAGGACACAUUCUAAACAUGUGGAUCAAGACAAAUCAUCUGCAAGGACACAUUCUAAACAUGUGGAUCAAGACAAAUCAGCAGCAAGGACACAUUCUAAACAUGUGACUCAAGACAAGGAAGAGGGAUGUACAGCCAGCUUAAAAACCAGUAAAAGAGAUGAUCAUGUGCGAGACAAAGCCAAAAACCAGGAAAUAAACAAUAGUGGUGUGUGCAAAAGUAGCAGUGAGCCAAGUAGACUGCUGUCAUAUUUGGAUGACAUAGACAAAGGUUUAGCAUUAUAGCCAUAAAUAUAUACUUUUAUUUACCAGUGAUGUAUAUUUUACAUGUCUGUAUAUAAAAAUUAAAUUAUGUGCUUAGGCAAAUUUUCUUUACUUGGUUCUAUAUCUUGAAGGAACAAAUGUGUAGCUAUGAAAUUGCAAGUGGAAAUGACAUGGCUGCCUUCACUUUACCUUCACAUGCUACCUGUUGCUUACAUUAUCUUUUGUAGUAUCAGGAUUACAAAAAAAGGCAAAUACAGUAAUUGAUGGUUUAUUAUAUUGCAGCAUUAAAUAGAAUGUAGGAAUUCUAAUUGGAGUACUGUAUUAUAACGGUUAUAGCUAGAAAGCAGGCUCAUAUAUAAUCAGCAGGGAUGAUGAGUCAUAAUAAUAUGGCUGAAGAUAAUGGCCAAACCACACAUCAAAAGAUGGAGAAACGACGGUGUUUCAGUCCGUCCUGAACCAUUAUCAUCCACAUAUAACGUGAUGGAGGUGGGGUCCCCUGAUUGUUUCAAACGUGGGUUGGACAUGUAUAUGAGUGGGAUUGGGUGAUUAUAAAUAGAAACUGCCUUGUAUGGGCCAAUAGGCCUUCUGCAGUUACCUUCCUUCCUUACGUUCUUUUAUAAGACGGUCCAGGACGGACCGAAACGUCGUCAUUUCUCCAUCUUCUGAUGUGUGGGUUUGGUCGUCAUAGUCAGCAGGGUAGCUACAUGUUGGUCUGGACUUAGACCUCUGAGAAGGGUCACCUAUUGGUAUGUUUCAUUCUAUCACAGUAGUGUGUUAGUGAUUAGUGAUCACUUAACAAGUUGGUACUCGGUUGUCGAGGCACCUGCAAGAAGGAUGAACAACUUGAACUAUAUCACAGUUCACAGGCAAUUUACCUUUAGCUGGUAGAUCAGUUUUCUGCAAUGCUGUUUUGCCACCAAGGCAAAAUUUAAAUACACUUACACAAAAGUUUGAAGAUUCAACCAUAUUUGGUUGGUUGGUUGUAGAAUUCUAGUCACUGUACAUAGAACUAUUUAAAAUAUAGUAAUUUUUGCUUUGGUUGAAUAGAGCACAAAGUGCUGACAAUGAUGCAGAGAAAUACCAAGAUGAAAGUUGACUUUAUUGAAUAUAACAUUUUGCUGUUGGGGAUUUAUCUGUAUAUUUUAUAAAGCAAUGUAAUUAUCAAAAGAAGGCAUCAAGCUGGGAUGGGUGGAAGUAAGGCAUUGGAUAUACAAUCUGUAGAUGAUGCUUACACAAAUUAUCAAUAUGAAGGGCAGCUGAAAACAUGUUAAUUGUAGAUCAGUAUCUUGGAUCACACUACUAGGUGCACCAUACCUUUCCUUCACCCUGCCCUAAAUCCUUGUCUUUGUAUCCCCUUCCAAGUGCUAUAUGGUCAUGGUGGCUAGGAAUUUUCUCUUGAUAAUUACCUAACCAUACUAGGUACACAACAAUAUGCAAAAUUUCAGCUCUAUUGCUUAGGAUAGAGAGAGUUGAAUUCACACAAUAUUAAUUUAAGAUUGGAUGAAUGAACAGGCAAACUAUCCUCUCUAAUAGUGCAUGACAUUUUGACUUAUAAAUCCUCUCAAGGUCAAAAACUAAUGUACUAAAAUUUAUUGUGGCUUAUAAAAUUGACGUGAUGUCCCAUUUUCUAUUUGUGGGUCCUAGGUUAGGUUCAGACAAUUUAGUGUGUUUGUUUGGUGACAUUGGAAACACUCAAAAGGAAGGGCUGGAAAAUGAAAAAAAAAGCAAUAGUCCUAACUGGUGGGGCUAAGCAUAUUUUGGAAGAGAAUAUUUGUUUCAUAUUGCCUUACUAUUGUACAAAUUGUAGAGUUAUUCCAAAUGAGGUAGUGUUGAUCAUCGCAUAAAUUUUCAAUGGAAUGAAAUAUGGGUAUUUUUUUGUGUAUUUCAACUUUAUAUUGUGUGUCAAGAUGUGCCCACACAAAUGUAUAUUAAGUACAGGAACUUACCUACAGGAGCAAAAGAUGUGUUUUGUUCCAGGUAAUGUGUUACUUUAUAAGUUGUACAAUAUUUCAAUCCCCUUUCAAGAUUAAGCCAAUUUAUUAUAUUGAAAAAUGUUCUGUUAUAACUAGAAGAAAAACAAAAUAAAAUAUUUUCUCAUUAAA